UCCAUAUCCACGUUUUCAUCCUGGCACCGCCGACUCGUUCAAGAUCACGAUGAUUGCGUCGGAAGUGUUGUACGCCGAGUUCGACAUCGACAAGGGCAGCACGUUGCGUGCAAGCUUCCCCACCGCGCCGGAUGAACUCGACAAGACGGUGCUCCGCACGCCCGAGUUCUUUGCCGACAUGAUGCUCCCCGAAGGCGUCCAUAACCGCGAGCAAGACUACACUGUGUUCUUCAUCCACAAGGACUCGACGGUCAAGUACUGCUUGAGCGUGGUGAAGACGCUGCACGACGCAACGGUCCGUCGUGGUGCGCGCGUGAAAGCCGUCGCCAUUUGCUCCGACCAUCACUUCUGCAUUGCAUUCAAGGACAUUCUGACCAUCGCGAUCGACAAGUUGUUUGCUCUGGGGUCUAACGAAUCGGCGGCAUCAGCCACUGACGUAUUGCAAUCUCUCUACGACGUCAUCAACGCUGUCGACGUGUCCGGAGUCACAAACCUUCAACAGUCCGAAGUCGAAGUGCGCCUGCUCAAGCGAACCAUGUGCGCCAAGCCACUUGGCGGAGCCGUGCACACCUCGGACGAGUCGCUCGUAUACACGACCCACGCGAGUUGGGGAAACGAGUCGAUCCCUCUCAAAAUCAAGCUCUGCAACACGCAAGAUCAACACGAAGAAGGGUCGCUCAUCGACCUGAUUGCCAAGUUUGGCGACCAAACCAUGCAAAUCUACAACGCGGUCCUCACAGGCAGUCGGAUCAUCAUGCUGGGGUACGGUCUUCCUGCAGGCAAGGUCUGCAACUACGUGCUUUCGACCAGUGCGCUGUUGUGUCCGCCGCUGCUUGGCCUCAUUCACCGCCAGCACCCGUACGCAAACUUGACGGACUUGGCUUUCUUGUCAGUACCUGGGUACAUUGCGGGCGUGACAAACCCAAUGUUCAAAGGUCGAAAGGAGUGGUGGGAUGUGCACUGCGACUUGGCGACAGGCGAGAUCCUGGCGUCGGUGCCCCCGGAGAAGGACGACGCCGAGUCGAUCGACCACGAUUUCAUCGCGGAAGUGAUGGAUGGCAUCGAAGCGGGCUUCAGUGAGUCGUGGGUUCGUUGCAUGUUUGAGGAAUACACGCGUCAGAAUAUCGUGGACAUUGCGAUGGGGGAAGCGAGCUUUGUUGACCAGGACGCCCAAGGCAAGCGAACGGCGCUGAACAACAAGCGUAUCACCAAGUGGGCUCGAACGGAAAACUUUGAGCGAUAUGUGAAAGCCCGAGACCAAGCUCUGCCAACCACGCCCGCUUUCGAUGCCAAGGCCCGCGGCACCGACUUGAAACGCCACUUGCGAACGCUCAUGCACGAAAAAGUGCCGGAUGACGCACAGGUCGAACGCAUUUACGUCGACUUUGUCACGCUGCUUAACACUGAAGACGAGUUCAAGGAACUGCUGAGCUACAUACCUCGGUCCAAAGGAGGCCUCCACGUUGUCGCUCAAGGUCUCUUCCAUCGAUCUAUCUCCGUCAAGUACAACACGAUCGUCCUGCUCAAGCGGUUGGAAUCGUUUGACUCGACCAAGGAAUUCGUCCAUGCACUCAACCCAUUCGUUGCCACGAUGUAUUCCCAGCUACUCACCACUGUAUUCGAGCCCAAGGGCUAGCAAAUGAACCAACUAACACCCUUCUGCUUGACCGUGUUCACUUCCUCCUUCCAUCUCGCACGCUCCAGGUCAGAUCCGGCCAUGCGCUUGCCCGACCUGGUGCAAACAAUGUCCAAU